AGGUGAACACAGGAGUAGCAGAGGAUCUGUAAUUUUCUGUCAGUACUGUGGAAGUUGUUAUCAGUAAAUUAUUAUUAUUAUUUGUGUGUGUUUGUGUUUUAGUUCAGUGUUGUAUUGGGUGUGAGAUUGGAUUAGAUCAGACGGAGAGAUGGCGGGCUUCAGUGCAGUUAUGAAAGCUCUGAUCUUCCUCACAUUUUCUCUCCAUCUUUCAUCAGCAGUCACACACUCGCUACAGUACAUCUACACUGCAGUCAUACCAGGAAUAAAUUUCCCAGAAUUCACUGCUCUCAGUCAGCUGGAUGGAGUGCAACAUGAGUACUAUGACAGCAAGAUCAGGAAGAAGAUCCCAAAGACAGAGUGGAUAAAGAAGAUCGACACUGAUGAUCCAGAUUACUGGAACAAAUACACACAGGUGCUGCGGGGUAAUGAGGCGACCUUCAACGUCAGUGUGGAUGCACUAAUGCAACGCUUUAAUCAGACUGCAGGAGUUCACACAGUGCAGGUGAUGUGUGGCUGUGAGCUGUAUGAUAAUGGCACCACUAAAGGAUACAGGGAGUACGGUUAUGAUGGAGAAGAUUUCAUCAGUUUUGAUCUGAAAUCUCUCACCUGGAUCGCUCCGACACCUCAAGCUCUGAUCACCAAGAACAAGUGGGAUAAUGAUCCUGGUUAUAAUAAUUACUGGAAGUUGUACCUGGAGAAAGAGUGUAUCGACUGGUUAAAGAAGUAUGUGGAUUAUGCCAAAGAGACUCUGGAGAGUAAAGUUCCUCCUACAGCGUCAGUGUUCCAGAAUCACUCGUCUUCUCCAGAGGUGGUGUGUCAUGCUACAGGUUUCUUCCCCAAAGCUGUGAAUAUCACCUGGCAGAAGGACGGAGAGGACGUGCAUGAGGACGUGGAUCUCAGAGAGACGUUACCCAACCAGGAUGGAAGCUUCCAGAAGAGAAGCAUUCUGACAGUCUCAGCUGAGGAUCUGCAGAAACACACCUACACCUGCGUGAUUCAGCACAGCAGCUUGGAGAAGGAGAUAGUGCUGCAUGAGGAGGAUAUUCGAAUCCUGAAUCCUGGAUCAGGUGGAGGAUCAGAUGGAGCUCCGAUCGGUAUCAUCGUUGCUGUAGUUGUGGUUCUCGUUGCCGUUGUUGCUGGAAUUGUGGUCUGGAAGAAGAAGAACUCUGGUGAGAAGAAGAAGGAGGCAGAUCUGAAGUUUUCAUUUAACACAUUUAUCACCCGUCUAAUCCGAGGCUUCAAGCCUGUUCCACAAAGCUCCUCUGAAGGAGAUUCUUCCUCCAACAACCCUUAAAGUGGACUGUGUGUGUUCCCGCUGCACUGAGAGAGAGAGAGGAGGAGAGGGAGAUGAAGACCACACACACACACACACACACACAUUAUUCCAGUGUGUAUCUUGGUGUAUAAUUUUUCCUGUAUUUGGAUGGAGGAUCUUUUUAUUGUGAAUCUGUUAUUGCUGUAAAAUGGGGUUAUUAGGGAUUUGGGUUAGAGGUUUGUUGUUAUUAUUUUUAUUAUUAUUUUGCUCUGUCUAAAUUCUGGUAGUUUCCUGUGUGAUGGGGGGGGGGGGGGGGGGGGUCGCUGUGGAGUUUGGAGUAAAGAUGGUCAAUGAUAGCGAGUCACUUUCCAUUCUUCCUCUGAUCUCCAUUGCUCACAGCUAUGAAACACAGACACACGCAGAUUUAAACCUGUUCUGUGCAACAACCUGAUACACACACACACACACACACACACACACACACACACUGAUUGUGAUUCACUCAGGCUUGAGAUGUAAUUGUGUUUAAAGCGUUUUGAUGUAAACAGUAUCACUGUGAUUUGUAGUGAAUUUUCACACAGCUGCAGUUGAACAUCUAUUAUAUUAUAUAUAUAUUAUAGUGUGUGUGUUUCAGGAGUGUGUAUGAGCUGCUUUACUCUCUACAUUUCUAAGAUGAUUUACUGUAGAAUUGAACACAGAUCAUAACGUCAGUACACGAGAGGUUUGAUCGACAUCUUUUACCUUUUAAUCCAGUGACAUUUUCCUCACGGGCUGAACAGGAACCGAAUCUCUCCCACAAUCCCUCUGUUCUGUCUGUAACAAUCUGAACCAAUAAUAAAGUCUAUUUUCUUCA